UCCGGGGCGGGGCCCGUGGACAGUGGGCGGGGCCCGCGGACAGUGGGCGUGUCCGGGGCGGGGCCCGUGGACAGUGGGCGUGUCCGGGGCGGGGCCCGUGGACAGUGGGCGGGGCCCGCGGACAGUGGGCGGGGCCAAUUGACAGUGGGCGUGUCCGGGGCGGGGCCCGUGGACAGUGGGCGGGGCCCGCGGACAGUGGGCGGGGCCAGUUGACAGUGGGCGUGUCCGGGGCGGGGCCCGUGGACAGUGGGCGGGGCUGGGCCGGGUCGUGUCCCGCGGCCCCGCUGCUGCUCCCGGACAUGGAGCUGAACGCGGCGCUGGAGCGGCUGGAGAGCGGGGACCAGGCCCGGGCGCUGCCCGCGCUACAGCGCUUCAUCAGCGAGAAUUCACAAUGUUUUAUGUUCGACGUGGAGGGGAGAGAGCAGAGACGGCGACUGGCAGUCCUGGUGCUCGGCCUCCUGGAUCGGGAUCCGCAGCCGUCCUGCCGGCUGGCCUGCCUCGGCUGCCUGCGCAUCCUGUCCCGGGACAGACACAGCCUGCGGCCGCUCUCCAGCGCGUGGGCCGUGCGGACUCUGGCCCGGGCCGCGGGCAUUGACGGUGGCGAGGAGCCCGGGGAAUAUUGGCGCUGUCCCGGGGAGGAGCGGGAGGGGCCUGUACAGCCUGAGGCCGAACAUGAGCGACGGGGGCCCGUGUUGGAGCGACGGGGGCCCGUGUUGGAGCGGUACGGGCCCGGGGAGAUGUGGACCAGGCCCGGGGAGCCCGAGCCCGGGGGGGAGCGACAGGGGCCCCAGGAGGUGACCGGAGAGGAGCGGGAGGGGCCCGGGGUGGAGCGGGAGGCGCUGAAGGUUCUGUGUAACCUGGUGCUGAGCUGCCCCGAGGCCCGGGCGCCGUGCGCGGACAACGGCCUGACGCUCGGCCUGUGCCGCCGGGCCCGCCAGAUCGGCCCCGACCCCGGCGCCAGCUUCCUGCAGCUCCGUCUACUCUUCCUCUUGACGGCGCUGCGGCUGGACGAGCGCCGGCGCCUCGGCCUGGAGCUCCACGGCCUCCCCCUGCUCACCGACCUCCUGCAACGCACGCUCGGCCUGGAGGGGGCGGCGGCCCCGGGGCCAGAACACCCGACACUCGCCCGUCAACCCGCCGAACGCGCCAUGGAGAUCCUGAAAAUACUGUUCAACAUCACCGUGGACCUGAACAGGAGGCAGGUGGACGAGGAGGACGCGGCUCAGUACCGACACCUAGCGACCAUCCUACGACACUGCCUGCUGACCGCCGCCGAGGGAGAGGAGCGAACCGAGGAGCUGCAGAGCCACGCCGUGAACCUGUUGGUGAAUUUGCCGCUGCGCUACCUCGACGCGCUGCUCCCCGCCCGGGUGCCGCCCGGCUCCGCCGAGUAUCUGGGGCUGAACAUGGACGCGCUGCAGACGCUGCUCUGCUUCCUCGACACCAGGCUGGACCGGGGCCAGCGGCUGCCGGAGGCGCUCAACCCCGUCCUGUUGCUGCUCACCACGAGCGCGCGCGCGCACCGGGAGACCAGGAAGUUCCUGCGCAUGCGGGUGCUGCCGCCGCUGCGCGAGGUGCGGACGCGGCCCGAGACCGGGAACUCGCUGCGGAACAAACUGGUCCGGCUCAUGACCCACGUGGACACCGGGCUGAAGCUCCGCGUCGCAGAACUGCUAUUCGUGCUGUGCAAGGGCAGCGUGCCUCGUCUGGUCAAGUACACGGGCUACGGGAACGCGGCGGGACUGUUGGCGAUCCGGGGGCUCCAGGACCCGCGCGCGGACAGCGCCGACUCUUCGGACACGGACUCGGACACUGAGGAGUUCAAGGACGCGCAGGCGGACAUUAACCCGGUGACGGGCCGCAUCGAGGGGCGCUCCCUGCCCCCGCCCAUGAGCGAGGAGCAGAAACAGCGCGAGGCCCAGAAACUCUUCAUGGACUUGGAGCGGCUGGCGAGGGGGCGCAUCAUUCAGCCGCUCAGCCUGUCGGCGGACGGGCGGCUCCGGCCACUCGAGGCGAUGCUGCGGCCACUCGGCGAGGAGCGAGAGUCCGGCUCCGAAUCCGAUUGAAAUCACCGCGGCGCCGGGCCCGAGAUCGGAAAGUGCUGGGAGAUAUUUACAGCGCCAGCCACUACGGUGCCACCUCCAAGGCACUGAACCUGGCCGCCACUCUGCUGUCAAUCGCCUUGGUGAUCACCAUGGUUGGGCUGGUGAUAGGUG